AUGGCCAAGAGGAAAUUGGCUGCGCUGGAAAAGGUCGAGGCAGAUUUGCCCAACCUCCAGCAAAAGAUUCGGCGAGACUCCAAAUCUUACAUUGAAGAUUUUCGCGCUCAAUAUUAUCAAUAUGAAAGCCACCGGGAAAUCUUCAUGGCGGCGCCGGCGUCCACAGAAACAGGGCUGAUCUCGUUGCACGACUUGAUCGACUUCAUUUCGCACGUAGCAGAUUGCUACCCGGAUAUUACAAAAGACUUUCCACAGCAAUUAAUGGAUAUGAUCAUGCAACACCAUGUGGAUCUUACUCCAGAGCUUCGCGAGAAAAUCGUUGGAAGCUUGGUGCUCUUGAGGAAAAAAGAAGUCAUAGACUCGGUUUCGCUUCUACACACUCUGUUUCCGAUUCUCGUGUCUACUCCGAGCAAAACGCUACGCGAGAUAUUGUUCCAGAAGAUCUUGUCGGAUCUGCGAGCCUCCAAUGCCAAAACGACGAACCACAAACUGAACCGAAUUAUGCAGACUGUCUUGUUUAACUUGGUUACAUCAGAUCGCGAAUCGUCUAAAGGUCUAUGGGCCAUCAAAAUCACAAGGGAGUUGUGGAAAAGACAGGUCUGGACGGAUGCAAAGACAGUUGAGAUCAUGAAGGAGGCUUCUCUAGCUGACAACGAGAAAGUAGCAACUGGUGGCGUCAGGUUCUUUCUCGGUGGUGACAAGGAGAGAGAAGACAUGGAAGACGAGAGUAGCGAUGAUGAUGGGAUCGACGUUGCCAAGAUGAAACAUCAGGUCGGAAUCACCAAGAAAUCGAAAAAGAAGUCCCGCCAGAUUGAAAAGGCCGUCUCGACUGUCAAAAAGAAGGAACGCAAGAAGAAGCAGCCCCAUCCACUGAACUUCUCAGCUCUGCAUCUUCUGCAUGACUCCCAAGGGUUCGCCGAGAACCUUUUUGCAAAACACCUGCAAAGCACCAAGUCUAAACUCAACUUGGAGCAAAAGCUCCUGGCUUUACAAUUGGUUUCUCGUCUCAUUGGCUUGCACAAGCUCACACUUGUUCACUUUUAUUCCUACUUCCAAAAAUACCUUACUCCGAGACAGCCCUCAGUCACAUCGUUCCUGGCGUCCCUUGCUCAAGCCACGCAUAAUCUCGUCCCUCCAGAUGUGUUGGAGCCGCUAAUCCAAAAGAUUGCGAACGAGUUUGUCUCUGAAGCGUCAGCAGCCGAAGUGGCUUCGGCCGGUCUAAAUGCCAUUCGGGAAAUCUGUGUUAGACAGCCUCUGGCCAUGGAAGAGACCUUGUUGCAAGAUCUAGUCAUGUAUAAAAAGAGCAAGGACAAGGGCGUCAUGAUGGCUGCAAAGGGUCUUUUAGGCCUCUACCGUGACGUUGGUGCGGAUAUGUUGAAGAGACGUGACCGAGGCAAGGACGCAUCGAUGGCGCUAAGAUCCGGAGAGAGGAAAGACAUCCGAUUCGGUGAAGAAGCCGUAGGAGAGAUUGAAGGCCUUGAGCUUCUUGAGCAAUGGAAAGAGGAGGAGCGAAAGAGAAAGAGGGCCGAACAGGGCCUUCCAUCCGAUGCGGAAGAUGAAGGUGACUUGGAAGCGGAUGAGGCUGCCGGCUGGGAUAAUUGGGAUGUUGAAGACGACGACAGCGACGAUUCAGGGGGUUGGAUCAAUGUUGAAAGUGACGCGGAAAUCGAGCUGAGCGACUCGGACGAUGAGAAGCCGGCUGCUAAGAAGACAAAACAGGAGAAUGGCGAAGAUGCCAAGGAUACAGAGAAAGAUCAAGAGGAAAAGAAAAAACCAAGCAAUUUUGCAACGACACGAAUCCUCACCCCGGCUGAUUUGGCAAAAUUGGCAGAACUCCGCUCUAGUGCUGCUGUGAAUUCACUGCUCCCUACAUCCAAAUCGAAACGCAUGCAGAACGCGCAGAAGAUCGCGGCUGAUCGACACGCCGAUGACCCUCUUACAGCGGCAGAGAUCGAAGGCCUUGCUCUCCUGUCUAAAGGAAGGCUUACGCGCGAAGAGAAGAUUGCCCAUGCAAAGGAAACUAAGACUGAUCGUGACGAGUUCAAGAGUAAAACUGCUCGUAAAAAGGAGAGGAAGAUCGAGGAUGGAAAGAGCACAACCAACAAGGAGAAGGCGAGAAAGAAGAACUUCCUGAUGACGCUGGGGAAAGCAAGAAGUAAAAACAAGCGCAGUCUAGUCGAGACGAGGGCGACAUUGAAGGCCCAUCAUGACAGGCAGAAACGGGGAGGCAGGCGUGGAAACCAAGGGUAG